UGACGUAGAACUUGAUGACGACAUGCUAGACCAGGAAAACAACGAGAACGAAGGCGUUUAUAAUCAAAGUAAUCAUAGCAGUCCAAGUAGUGAAUGCCGGUCAGUGUACGAAGCUUUUGAGGAUUACAUGCAGUCACAUGAAACCAUUCACAAAAAUCCGUUGACUUCAAAGUCAGAAGUCGUCAAUGUCAGUGAGUCAUUGGACAUAAAAAAUGAUGCUGUUGAAACGCCGUCCCUGAUUGGUGGUUCACGUGCUGAUAUUGAUCAUUGUGAGAACGGUGUUUUUUCGAGUUUUGAAAAUUGGAAUGUUCGUAAAGAUGAGCGUUCUUGCUCGAAUCAAGUUGACGACGAAAUGUCGAAUUCGUAUGAAAAGAAAACUCGAGAUAUUUUAGAUGUUGCCGAAAAUAGUCACACGAAAGUAGAAAAAGUAGCAAACAAAGUGCAAAUCGACACUAACGCAUCGACAAAUAUCCAGAGAAAAAUAUCUGCGCAAAAUCUUCAAGUUGAUGAAGAUGGAAAGUCGAUCAUUUGGACGAGAGAGGAGGACAAAAUAAUAUUACAGUUUUGUCAGAUGCGUGGCGUGCAUGAAAAUACAUUCGAAGAUAUCGCGAGAGAACUCGGCGAAAAGACUGCUAAGCAGGUCAAAAGCCGAUUUCGUAUUUUGAUGAGCUUAUUAUCACGUGAUGAAAACGAUAGCCAAUCGGAGAGUGAAGAUGACAGUUGUCAUGACGACGAAUAAAUGUAAAUUUAAAGCAAGAUAUUUGACCAAUAAGUCCGACAUUCUUUUGUGAUCUUAUAUCAACUCUGAUCUCCUGGAUGUUUAACAUAACUUACGUAUCGUGAUGAUUUUAAUGAAGAAAAUGGGUGCAUCAACUCUUAUCUCCUGGAUGUUUAACAUAACUUACGUAUCGUGAUGAUUUCAAUGAAGAAAACGGGUGCAUCAACUCUGAUUUCCUGGAUGUUUAACAUAACUUACGUAUCGUGAUGAUUUCAAUGAAGAAAACGGGUGCAUCAACUCUGAUUUCCUGGAUGUUUAACAUAACUUACGUAUCGUGAUGAUUUCAAUGAAGAAAACGGGUGCAUCAACUCUGAUUUCCUGGAUGUUUAACAUAACUUACGUAUCGUGAUGAUUUCAAUAAAGAAAACGGGUGCAUCAACUCUGAUCUCCUGUAUGUUUAACAUAA